GGCCCAUGCCAACGUGAGUUCUGAUACAGGGGCCCUAAUUUAUGCCGUAAUGCAACGAGCUUUAGAACGAGCUUUGGAUCGUGCUGAGUCGAUCAUUGAAAGUGCCCAACAGAGGCCGCCUAACACGAAACAUUCACCUAGUGGGGAAAAGUCUCUCCACCAAAAACUGUACGACAUAUAUGUUGAGGAAUGUGAAAAAGAGCCUGAGGGGACUGAGGAAUUAAGAAGUAAUGUGAAUUUGUUAGAGAAGCUUGUGGCGAGAGAGUCCUUGCCGUGUUUAGUGGUCAAUCUAUACCCAGGAAAUGAGGGCUAUUCUCUGAUGCUCAAGGAAAAUAAUGAAUCCUAUUCUGAAACCAUCCGAAUGCGCUAUGAAGAAGGGGAAUUGCUGCAAUACUUGGAUGCAGAAGAAUUACCCCCUGUUCUGGUAGAUCUCCUGGAAAAAUCUGAGAUUAAUAUUUUUCAUCGUGGGUGUGUCAUAGCAGAAGUUCGGGACUACAGGCAGUGCAGCAAUACGGAACCCCCUGGUUACCAAAGUAGGCACAUUCUCUUACGUCCAACCAUGCAGACUUUAGCCGCGGAUGUGCAGUCAAUAACUGGUGAUGACCACAACUGGACCCAGGAAGACAAACUUUUGCUGGAGAGCCAGUUGAUCUUAGCUACAGCGGAACCCCUGUGUCUUGAUCCUUCUAUAACAGUAGCCUGCACGGAAAACAGACUGCUUUACAACAAACAAAAGAUGAAUACUAACCCAAUGAAACAAAGUUUCAAGAGGUAUUCUAUGCCUUCUAUGAAUAAGAAGCAGGAGUUGUCUCAUCUACCUCCUCCUGAGCUAAGAGUGUUAACUUGCAAAAAUGGGCAAGAAAGUAAAACAGGUGAACAUUGUGACCUCAAAUUUCCUAUAGCAGGAAAGUGUAUAGAUAUAUGGCAACAGAGACCCUGUGACUUGGCCAUACCUUCUGAAGUGGAUGUGGAGGAGUAUGCUAAAGAGAAGGAGUCUGUAGAAGGUGAGGAUUCAGAACCAAUAGUUUGGCCAACCCAGGAGGUAGAAGAUGAUUAUGUAUUUGGAAGUGAAGCUAGUGAUCAGUACCAGAAAACAAAGCUGCCUUUCAUGCAGUCAUUUAAUGAUCCACUUUUCUCUGGAAAAAUAAGGUCACAUAAAAAAGUCAGAUAUGAGAAAUAUAUGUCUCCCUCACACUGCUCCAUGGAUGAUCAAUUGAAUAUGGCAGGGUCAAAGACUGAUGCUGGGAUGAUAGUCAGUCAGUCAGAGGAACUGGUCCAGGAGAAAUCCAACUCUCCAGUCAACCUGUCAUACAGCUCCAGUGACUCACCUAUUCUUAGUCAUCUUUCUCCAGAGAAAGAAACAGAACAGUCUGAGAGUAUGUCAGUUCAGUCUUCAGUAUUGGGGGAGGGAAUCAAAUAUCCACCUCUAUCCACCAUACUUUCCUCAAGCUCAGAAAAUAGUUCCCCAGGGAACAAUUUUAUUCCACAACAGGAAAGCAGCUUUCUUAAAUCUCCAUCACCCACUCCUACUUUGAAGUCACCAAGUCUUUUUCAGAAAUUCUCUGUGGAAGUGGAUCAAGUUAGCAUGAUUCCUGUAGGCAAUCUGUCUGCUGUCAGCUCAUCACAAGGAACCCCAGCCCCAUCCACUGCUAUCUCCUCACAGAGAACUUCAGCACAGUCUACUAUCAGCGCAUCAGAGAGCUCUCCAGGUCUUUCCGCUAAAGUCUCAUCACAGAGAACCCCAGGCCUGUCUUCUGUCAGCUCAUCACAGAAAACUCCAGGUGUGUCUACUGUCAGCUCCUCACAGAGCAUCCCAACACUGUGCAGUGUCAGCUCCUCACAGAGAAUCCCAACACUGUCUAAUGUCAGUUCCUCACAGAGAAUCCCAACACUGUCCACUGUUAGCUCCUCACAGAGAAUCCCAACACUGUGCAGUGUCAGCUCCUCACAGAGAAUCCCAACACUGUCCACUGUCAGCUCCUCACAGAGAAUCCCAACACUGUCCACUGUCAGCUCGUCACAGAGCAUCCCAACACUGUGCAGUGUCAGCUCAUCACAGAGAAUCCCAACACUGUCUAAUGUCAGCUCCUCACAGAAAAUACCAACACUGUCCACUGUCAGCUCCUCACGGAGAACAACUGGUCGGUCCACUGUCAGCUCAUCACAGAGAAUCCCAACACUAUCCAUUGUCAGUUCAUCACGGAGAACAACUGGCCAGACCACUGUCAGCUCAUCACAAAGAAUUCCAACACUGUUCACUGUCCGCUCCACACAGAGAAUCCCGACACUGCCCACUGUCAGCUCAUCACGUAGAACAACUGGCCUGUCCAGUGCCAGCUCUUCACAGAGAAUCCCAACACUGUCCACUGUUGGGUCAUCAAGGAAGGCAACUGGCCUGUCCAGUGCCAGCUCCUCACAGAGAAUCCCGACACUGUCCACUGUUAGCUCCUCACGGAGAAUCCCAACACUGUCCACUAUCAGCUCCUCACGGAGAAUCCCGACACUGUACACUGUUAGCUCCUCACGGAGAAUCCCGACACUCUCCACUGUCAGCUCCUCACAGAGAAUCCCAAUACUCUCCACUGUCAGUUCAAUACCGAGUAUCCCAGCCCCGUCUACUGUCAGCUCAUCACAGAGAACACCAUCCCUAUUCACUGUCAUCUCCUCACAAAGUACUCCAGGCCUAUCCACCGUCAGCUCAUCACAAAAAAUCCCGACAUUGUCCACCAUCAGCUCAUCACAGAGUACUCCAGCACUAUCCACUGUCAGCUCCUUAAAGGGAACCCCAACCCCAUCCACUGUCAGCUCAUCACAGAGAAAACCAGUGACCCAGGUCACGGCCGACUCCUCUGGCCUGAAUAUUAUCAAUGUGGUGGGCCCUGUUUUUGGAGCCCAAGCUUUAGUCAGUGGGUCCAACCCUGUGCAAAGCUCUACCCCUGGAGCCACAGCUCCUGCAGGAAUAAAGCCUAGUAACCAGCCCUCAAGAGGUCAGACACCAAAUGUGCUGCCUGGUGCGUUGCAGGAACCAUCUCAAAUGGGUGUUCAACUUUUUUUAGAAAAUAAUUCAAGUCUUACACACUUAACGGUACUCCAGGUUCCACAAGGUUCACUCAUUUUGAACACAAAGCAGCAGCCACAGAAGCAGCAACAGCCACUACAGAUGCAGCAGCCACUACAAAUGCAGCAGCCACAACAGCCACAGCAGCAAUGGCUCUAUCAAUUGAUUCCACAACAACUUCAGCAAUCUUCCACUUCCUGUCCUCAGCAACCGGUGUCACAGGGUUCAAGGGCACAAGGUUCAACUACACAGGCAGCACCCUUAUCUGCUCAGCAAGCUGUUGUCAUCAACCUCACUGGAGUGGGAACUUGUAUGCAGCCCCAGGCAGCUGUGUUGUCUCAACUUGGCUCUGUCCAGAGCAGACCUGAGCAAAGUCAAACUCAGGAAACAUUCCAGCUCUCCUCUGCCUUACAGCAGCAUCAACCUAAUCUGCAACAUCAACCACAACCGCAGCUGCAGUCUCAACAACAGACACAACUGCAACCUCAACAGCAGCCAUGGCUGCAGGCACAGCCACAACCCUGGCCACAGCCACGACCUCAGCCACGGCUUCAGCCAUGGCCACGCCCACAGCCACGCCUGCAACCACGGCAGCAGCCACGCCUGCAACCGCGGCCGCAGCCACAACCUCAGCCUCGGCCUCAGCCACGGCCACGGCCUCAGCCACGGCCACGGCCGCAGCCACAGCCACGGCCACAGUCACGGCCACAACCACGGUUGCUGCCACGGCCUCUGCCACAGUUGCUGCCACGGCCUCAGCCACUGCAGCCACCGUUGCAGCCGGGGCCGCAGCCAGAGCCACAGUUGCAACAACAGCCAUGGGCACAACUCCAGCCACAGCAGCUACAGAGCGGAAUCUUGCAGCACCCACUGACUAUGGCAACAGUAACCACCCAGUCAGGUCAAACACAUCCAGCUAUUGAGGAUACAACCAAACCCGCCAAAAGGUAA